GCUGCUGGCGCUCCGAGCUGCCGCUGCUGGUGUGGCCCUGUUGGUGGAGGAUGAUACUGCCAGUUUUGGUGUUUUGUGUGUGUAUGAGUGUGUGAGUGAGUGUGUGUGAAAGAGAGAGAGAGAGAGGGAGGUGUAGAGGGAGAGACUGAAACUCCCAAAGAACUUCUAGCUACACGGCAACCUGCUACACGGUCGACGAUGACGACCGACGAAACGACGGGAUGUUUUCUAAACAGAAGAUGAAGACACUGAAUAGCCAUUCUAGGAUGAGUUUCAGGUUUCACACUAUGUGAUGAGCACCCGGGACGUGUGAAAUUAUUUAAGAACUCCUGUGUUCAGAAGAUUUUUUGAUUCCAGUGGAAUCUUCCAGUUUUUUCCCCCCCUUUUUGUUUAUUGAAACACCCCCCACACACACCCCUCCUACUUUUAAGGAACCUUAGCUCGUUUUACAUGUAGACCACACUAGCUACGAUGCCUGUACAAGCUCCACAAUGGACAGAGUUCUUGCUUUGUCCGAUAUGCACCCAGACGUUCGAGGAGACUGUGCGCCGGCCCAUCAGUCUGGGGUGCGGCCACACCGUCUGCAAAAUGUGCCUAAACAAGCUGCACCGCAAGGCCUGUCCCUUCGACCAGACGGCCAUCAACACCGACAUCGAGCAUCUGCCCGUCAACUCGGCACUCCUGCAGCUGGUCGGUGGUCAGUUGCCCAAACUGCAGCCUGUGGCACUGAUUACUAGUCCAGAGGACACCAAGCAUUAUGAUGAAGCCCGACAGUGUGUGGAGGAGCUGGCCCUUUACCUUAAACCCCUCAGCAGUGCAAGAGGAGUGGGGCUGAGUAAUGCAGCACAGAGCAUGCUCAGUCGGCCCAUGCAGAGGAAGCUGGUGACUCUUGUGCACUGUCAGCUGGUGGAGGAGGAAGGCCGGGUGCGGGCCAUGCGGGCGGCCCGUUCUCUGGGCGAGCGCACAGUCACCGAGCUCAUCCUGCAGCACCAGAACCCCCAGCAGCUCUCCUCCAACUUGUGGGCUGCUGUAAGGGCCAGAGGCUGUCAGUUUUUGGGCCCAGCAAUGCAGGAGGAGGCUCUAAAGCUGGUGCUUCUAGCUCUGGAGGAUGGGUCGGCUCUAUCAAGAAAGGUUCUGGUUCUCUUUGUGGUGCAGCGUCUGGAGCCCAGGUUCCCACAGGCCUCGAAAACCAGUAUUGGACAUGUGGUGCAGCUCCUUUACCGCGCCUCCUGCUUUAAGGUGACCAAGCGAGAUGAGGACUCUUCACUGAUGCAGCUGAAAGAAGAGUUCCGCACGUACGAGGCUCUGCGGAGGGAGCAUGACUCCCAGAUAGUACAGAUCGCCAUGGAAGGAGGCCUGCGCAUCGCCCCUGACCAGUGGUCCUCCCUUCUCUACGGAGAUCAGUCCCACAAGUCCCACAUGCAGUCCAUAAUAGAUAAGUUGCAGACACCUGCGUCAUUCGCUCAGAGUGUGCAGGAACUGACUAUAGCACUGCAGAGAACGGGCGAUCCUGCCAACCUGAACCGCCUGAGACCUCACCUGGAGCUGCUGGCCAACAUUGACCCCAGUCCAGAUGCCCCCCCUCCCACAUGGGAGCAGCUGGAGAAGGGUCUGGUGGCAGUGAAGACAGUGGUGCACGGCCUGGUGGACUUCAUCCAGAACCACAGCAAGAAGGGGGCCGACCAGCAGCAGCCUCCCCAGCACAGCAAGUACAAGACCUACAUGUGCCGCGAUAUGAAACAGAAAGGGGGCUGCCCCCGAGGGGCCAGCUGCACCUUCGCCCACUCGCAGGAGGAGCUGGAGAAAUAUCGGAAGAUGAACAAGCGCUUGGCUCCAAGGCUGCCUUGUCCUCCAGGUUUGCUGCCAGAAGAAGUGGUCGCUCUGGAGGGUGUGACCCGCAAGCCCUCCCCCCUCACCAACGGCAUUGGCGCCCCUUGCCCCGGCACACCAGUGCCACAGCUUUUGGGUCGUGGACCUGAACCGUCUCCUUAUGAGCUCAUGCGCAAGCCCAAGCUUGAUCACGGCAGCAUGAGUGCUCCUGGCUCGCCUCCUGACAGUUUGGAUAAAGCUGGCCUGCCCCUGCCACCACACGCCAUAGCCCACCCCAGGGCUGAGCACCUGCCCCUGCCCAAACAGCUCGCCAGUGUGCCCCGUGGUGCACCACCCGUGUAUCCUCAACAACAGCCUGAACUUUUCUACCCUGAAGCUCGGGCACCUUCUGGAUCUCAGUAUGACACACCGUACUCUGCUGGUAACCCCUACCCCUACCAGCCUUCUCAAUACGUACCACCCCGUUACAUCCGUAACCCCCCACCACCAGGGGAGUCUGCUGUGGCCCCGUAUCAGGACCCUUACCCUGGAUACGGCCCCGAGCGCCAGUAUCCAGGCCCACCCUCAGGCCCUCCUUUCUCCGCCGUGAACCCCCACCCUUACCCUCUACCGUCUCACUACGACAGCCGCCGGCACGGCCCGUACGCCGGCCCCCCACCACCCCCACAAUCCUUUGCACCUCCACGAGACGAGCUGGUCCGUAUGAGCCCCGUGCCCCUGGACGUCCCUCCUGCUGCGAUGCCGCCCCCCACGGCGGGCACAGCCGGCUCCCUGUAUCAUCCUGACUCAUCUUCACGGGAGAGGUAUCCACCUGAGGGCUACUACCCACCCGCGCCUCAUCCCGGCCAGAUGAGGUCCCAUGUCAGGGAUCCAUAUAGCCGCUCCCAGCCCAGCCUGGACUACCUGCACCGCAGGCGUAAGGAGCUGCUAAACCAGCUGGAGGAGAGAAAAGUUAUUUCACCUCCUCCCUUCGCUGCCUCGCCCACCCUGCCCUGUCAUGCCUUCCCCAACGACUAUCCCCAAGAGUACAUUGAGGACGGCUCCAAAGCCUUUGGAACCCGGGAACCAGACUACGCCGGACAGUACUCUCCAUGGUCAUGUGACACUAUCGGAUCAUACAUCGGCUCCAAAGACCCGAAACCGAAAGAUGCCAUGUCGGCUGGUGCUGUGGAGAUGAUGAAUAUGGAGGGAAAGAGUCUGCGGGAACCACCUCUGGAUGCCCAGCGCCGUUCUGCAGAAGCCAAAGACGACGACCCCAUAAUUCCUUUUGGCCCCCUGCCCACAGUGUCGCCCUUCGGGGCCAUUUCUCGCACCUCCAAAACCGGAUACCAGACCACCGGCCCAGUGCAGGCCAUGGCCUCUUCUCAGGGCUCUGGCUCCAAACACUUAACAAUGGCAGCUGAGUACUCCUAUGGUAACCACGGAGGCUGGGGCAGUGUGUCGUACCCACAGCACCAGAGUAUGGCCUCUCCAGGACACUUCAGUGAACGUCUGCCCGUGCCGGCUCCUGAUCGAGAGCAGCUAAAGAUCGAGCUCCAGCAGGUCAACCAACAGAUCAGUCAGCAGACGCAGAUCCGUGGCAUGGAGGCUGCCAGUAACUCCAUGCUUCUGCAGAGGGAGGCCAGCGCUCUGGCUGCUCAGCCUCCUGCUGCUAAAUGGGCUUCAGGGGCUGCAGUUUCCAGCGAACAGCUCAGUCUAGAGCUCCACCACGUGGAGCGGGAGAUUGGCAAGAGGACCCGUGAAAUCGCCAUGGAGAACCAAGUUGUGCACGAAGUCCAGUACAAACUGAAAGCCACUGAAAAUGGGCAGCCUGACCAUAAAGCCCAACUGGAGGAACUCUCCUUAGCACUGGGUGAUGUCUCGAACGGAUCCAGCAGCAUGGUGCCGGUCAGCAGCGUGGGGGGAUCUAUGCUCUCUCUGACCAGUAAAACAUCUUCACUCACCCUCUGCUCUGGAGAUCAAGCGGCGAGUGGCUCGGAGCUUCAGAAGAACGGUGUCGUUCACUCUUGCUCUUAAGAGUAGACACACACACACACACACACACACACAUGUAUACACACACAUUCAGUUGAGAUUCAGUUCUAAUUAUCGAUCAGUUGUGGAAAGAGUUACUAUGUGUUUCCACUGAUUUUUUUAAGAGAUUUUCAAGCUCUGAGAUUAAAUUUCUGGAUUAAACACACACUGACUGUCUAUCACACACACACACACAUUUGCAUGCUGUUACAUGCAUGCACAGACACAAAUUUCUUUGUUUUAUCUAGAAAAAUGAGCAGUAUCUGCCGUGAUAUGAAUUUUCUUUCUUUUUGUUCUGUGAAUGAGCUUUUCGUUUUAAACGACAUCUCAUCGCCUGGAAACCAGGGCAUCUGAUUAACAUUUUUUUCUUUCUUUUUCCCCCCUUUUCCUUUAUUCCCUUGGUGUACGUAUUUGAAAUACCAACAGUAAACCCAGAGCAAGCAUGAAGGAUAAAACCAACAUGGCAUUCGGCACAACAAUAGGAAAAGAGAAACGACGUCAGUUCUGUAGCAUCCGGGCCCUUUCUGUCUUUCAGGCGGGAGGCGGCGUAGCUUUUAGUUGUAGGGCAUGAGAAGCCUUAUGCAGUUGGUCUGUGUUAAAACGCUUCCCUCCCUCCCCAAAAUAAAAAAUACAUACAUCUGUGCAGCCCUGAAUAUGAUCCGACUGAUCAGGCACAAAGUAGCAUGGAGAGCCUUUUUAAUCAGUCCAUUUUUGUAUGGAGCAUUAACUCUGCAGGUUUCCCAACAAGGUACAGCGCAAGCGUGGCCGUGCAUCUUUAACGCGAGACGAAACGAGAUCCGAGCUCCGAGCUCUGCUGGAACACGGGGGUUGAAGUUAAACAAUCAGUUGUAAGAUUUCUUUUUUUUUUUUUUUCUUCAUUCCGUAAUUUAUGGUUUGGCUACAGAACUGUUUGGAAUUUGUAAGUCCGUGGAAACACGUGCGUCUAAAGCGUUCUGUUUUAUAGAACGAAACAAACGUCUAAAAGAAAACGAGCACUUUUUCCGUGUUUUUCUAUGAGUGUGUGCUUUUAUUAUUAUUAUUAUUAUUAUUACUAUUAUUAAAGGAAGAAUGACACAAAUUCCCGUGUUCCCAGAGUUGGAGUUCGGUGAUUUUUAGCGUUCGUUUGUUUUUGUUGGUUCGUUCGUUUUCACCACUUCCGUUUCACGCGAUCGCAGCCUAUUCUGGAAAUUCUCAUCAAUUCUCCCUGACUUCUGUGAAGUUGCUUAUUUGGGUUCCCUGGUCACGUCUGCAUAUUCAGGUCAGCCGCUGUACAGAAAACCUUAGUAGGAGAUUGUCGUUUCAACAACAGCAGACCUAGAAUGGCACGAUGUAAAUGGAUGGAUAAAUAGAUGGAUGGGUUGAGAUGGAAUUUCAGAUACACUGGAGAUAACUUCCCAGAACUGAUCACCACGAAGUUUACCAGACAGGUGUUGUUUAGAUUAAACAAGAUCACCUAAUCAGCCUCGUUGGAAAUUGAUUAGGCUUGUAAAAAAGCUCUUUAUAGCCUCACACGAGUUUUGAUUAUUAUUUUCUAUAUUUUCUCCUUUUAAAUUGACUCUUUAUGGAGACAUGUAUUUAGCUUAUACCUGUAUCACCUCGCUUUGACCUAAUGUGUGUUUUUGCACAUAAAUAUAUAAUAUUCACCGACUAUUUAAAAACAUGCAUACAUAAAGGAUGCCCCAGGAAAAAAAAAAAAAAAAAAACUAAAAAGGAAAGAUCAAGAAGUGGACAAGCUCUGCAGUCUUCCUAUAGUGAUGACAUUCUUCACGUGUGAGAUUUUGUUCUAGUCUCUUGAGACCGACUAUGAUAUUAAGCUCCAAUUUUGGGUGCAACCUCUUAAUGUGUAAACUUUUUUUUUUUUUUUGGUCUUUUUUUUUGGUCUUUUUUUUUGUGCUAUAGCUGUUAAGAUGUUGAUUUCUAAUAUGAUGAUGACUUGUGGUCAUGGUCUGUUUCUUCUCCUUUUCUUCUUCUUUGUUUGUUCUCGAAGAGCACGCAGCCUUUCCCUGCAGUUGUUAUAAUUGUGGAGAUUGAACUCGAGCUUACAGUUCAAAUACAUGCAGAUAUAAAGCUGUCCUCCUUCACAAGGUUUUGAAGAUCUGUCCUCUUUUAAUGCUCAAUAUUACCUCCAUCCUCUGUUUAAUUGGAAAAUCGGAUUCUAAAAAUAUAAAAGCUUUAUUCCUGAUAUUGCAGACUGCUUUCAACCGGGUAGUCUUCUUGUAUUUGUAGCACAUUAUUACAGUGUGUGGAGUUUCGGGUGAAGGUUCUACCUGAAAGUAUCACGGUCGUUUACCAGUCGCCUGCUUUGCUUUCAUUGUCUACACGUCACCAUUGUCUGAAUAGGUAAUGCCAAUAUACACAAAUGACCCAAAACAUUAUGACCUCAUGCUGUUGGUCCACCUUGUGCUGCAUAAUGACUUACUCAUAGUAGGGCUGCAACUAAUGAUUACUUUGUAAAACAACAAUUAUUCCUGCCAUGUCCUCCAUCUCUAAAAAUGAUAGAAACAGCUGAACAUGUCUUAAACAUGUCUUAAAUCUGGAAAGUACUGAUAUUUAGUGAGUAAAUAUAUGUAAUCUGUUGUGUUUGGGCACUUUUGGAGACACAAGUUGAGUGUAAACUGUGUGAGUGAGCCAUUUACCCAUCUCCCAUUGUGCUUCUGUUCCUAUCACUUUGUGUAAUAUGGUAUUGUUACAUAUUAACGAUUAAUCAACAAAUUUAAAUAAUCAACAUUCUCGGACGUAACAUGGGCAUUCUAGACCGUUCUGCUCCUAUACACAGCACAUUCGCUUUCAUAAUUAUUAUUAUUAUGAGUUUAUGUGACCUGUGGGACAAUAGCUGUUAUUUAGGUUUGGCUUCAAUGAGGCAUGGGCACUCAGAACACACUCAAUGCUUUUUAAUUGGUCAUGCCAUGAAUCGGCUCCUGCAGAUCCUACCCUUUUCUGACCAUAAGCCCCCUCAAACCUUGUUUGUCGGUGCCGAAUUUAGCACCCCCACUAGGAAGAGCACCCCCUCUCUGAAGUGCGCAUGUACGUCUUCUUGGCUUUAACUUUAACUUAGAAAAUGGAAAUACCCAAGAUACUGUUCUAAGCUAUGCUAACUUCUAAGAAAUAAUAAUAAAAAGGUCAUGUUACAUGCAGCCUCUCCCGUGAGGAAGUGCUUUUCCAGGUGGGGGUGCUGAAUUCGGCACCAUAGUAGUGACGAAAUCUGCACCCCCUCCAUGAAAAGCACCCCCUCUCGGCAGCGGGUACGCACUGUCUUUUUGAUAAAAGCGAUUUUCUUUCUAACUUUACUUAGAAAUACGCGCAGAGAGGGGGUGCUUUUCCUAGCUGGGGUGCUGAAUUUGGCACAACACCGGUCCUAAAGUCUGGUCGUACCGAUUUAUUCUGCCAGUUUCCUGAUAAGUUUUCCCUCUUUAACCAAAUUAAAUAUAAAAAUUUGAGCUAGAUCCAAAACAUGCUCAACACAAAGAUGCAAAUGUGCAUGCCGCCGCUCUGCCAAUGCUGCCAACGAUGCCAACACCAGUCUACGUACGUAGCUUUAAAACACUUUCAUUUUCCAACGUAAUAUCCCAGACUCUCCCGUACACCAGAUAUACAAAACAUUCAACAGUAUUGUCUUCAUCUGUAGGUGCUCAUAAUGUUUUGGGUCAUCUGUGUAUAAUAUUAAUCUAUUCAAUUUAAGUUAAAAAGCAAAGCCAGAAUAAGGAGCAAGUUGGAGGUAGAAACCCCUAGAAGAAGGAACAUAUAAAAACUGACUACUUGAGGAGCUGAUCAACUUGUGUAGUUUAACUUCUGCUAAACAUUUUUCAACCCUCCAGCUCUAUAAAGCAAAGGAAUAUAAAGCUAGUAUCUAAAAAAGCUAAGCUAAUCUAACCUGCAGGACUGUUUUUUUAAUAACUGCAGUCAUGGUAAGGUCUUUUUUCAGCUGCUUGCAUAUUUGAAACCACUGGUCUGGUUGCUUCGGUCGUCGCUAGCUUUCGGUUGCUUUUGCUUUGCUGCGCUUCUCCACAAGGCGACUAGCGAUUUUAUUUUUUAUUUUUUUCCCUCAUUUUAUUAAUUUUUUUUCUCCUUGCUGCAAUGCUAAUUGCAGAUAAACACGGUUACUACUAUCCUGAGCAUGCCUAUUGAUGGCGGUUAGCAGGUGUGAGGAAUUUUUCCUGUUUUUUUUUUUUCUUCUUCUUCUUCAUUCUUUUGCAUGCAGCGCCCCCUAGACUGUGCUACAGUCACCGUUUUCAAAGAGGCGCACUGCUAGGAUGCUCGUUUUAUUUUUUAAUCUCUUCUGGAUUAUAUGGGAAUGUGCUAUAUGUAUUUAAUAAUAUGUCAGCCAGCGAAUUGGCACUUGCUUGGGUGCCCUUUUUGUUUCCUCCCUAUUUUCCCCCCUCUAUCUCUCUCUCUUUUUUCUUAUUUUUUUUUUUUAUAUAAUAUUCAGUGAUCUCACUGAAUUGCUUGGGUUUUCUUUUUUUGUUUGUUUGGUGUUUUACAAAUGAAAUCAUGUUGACCAUCCACAUAUAGCCACUUAAGAGGCAUAUGGACUCGGUAAGACUCAUUUACACCUUAAAAAAAAAAACGAAAAAGGAAAAAAAAAAAAAAAAGAAGAGCUUUGUGCAUGUGUUAUUUCUCUAUCCCCCAACAGAGAAGUCACAGCGUAAUGUGAUUUUCUUUGAGAAUGGGUCUGUUCCUAAUGGAUGAUAUUCAUUUCUCUAUCUGGAUUGUGUCUGUUUUGAGCGGACCUGUAGCAUUCAUUUAAAUGAAAGGCGAAAUUAACUCAUUUUGAACCUUAACACUGUUAUGGCUGUGUCUAUAUAUAUUUUUCCUUUUUAUUCCUAACUUUUUUGGGAAAUGUAAUGGCUUUUUUAUGAUUACUUCCAAGUUGUCUUGUAAAAAAAAUCUCUUAAAUUAAGGUACAGGCUUGAUUUCAACAAGGAAAGGUUUUAUAUAUAAAUAUAGAUUAUACUCCAUUAAGGAAUGUUUAGAACCAUCUUACUCCAAUGUGGAUGUAGCCAUUAUUACGCCAUUUUAUGACUUUGUAAAACAAUUCACUGUGUGAAAAUUGGUUUGCAUUAUUUGUAUAAUACAAUCUGCUUUUUUGUUUGUUCGAGAGGUGAAACUGGAAGACGAGGAAAAAAAACAACCUGUGAUAUUAAAGAAAAAUGUAACUUGUGUACAACAGUGAUUCUGAAUGAGAGGGAUGGAUUAAAUAUUGACACUUAA